CAUUCCCGGAAGCACCGUGCCGGCCGAGCCCCCUCCCUAUAAAACCAUCUCCGGCGAGACGUCGUCAAGCCAUCGGUCAGUUACCAGAUCAACACCAACAGUAAACAGAAAUCAUUUCCUAGCCCGCCAACAAAAACAGACUUCCCAUUCGAUCCGCUCACAAGCUUUUCGAUCGCUUUAGUUGUUCAACAAUCAACAGCCAACACCAUGAGCUCCCGGAUGGCCGGAGCCACGCUUCUGCGCCACCUGGGCCCCCGCCUCUUCGCCGCCGCCGAGCCAGCCUCCGGGCUCGCCGCGAGCGCGAGGGGCAUCAUGCCCGCCGCCGCGAGGAUCUUCCCCGCGCGGAUGGCCAGCACCGAGGCCGCCGCCCCGCAUGCCAAACAAGAAGAUGAUGCCGCGAGCCCCCAGGCGGCCGCGACUCCAGAGCAGCAGAACAAGAAGCCCGUGGUGAGCUAUUGGGGCAUCGAGCCUCGGAAGCUCGUCAAGGAUGACGGCACGGAGUGGCCGUGGUUCUGCUUCAGGCCGUGGGACACGUACCGGCCGGACACGUCCAUCGACGUGACCAAGCACCACGAGCCCAAGGCCCUGGCGGACAAGGUGGCGUACUUCGUUGUCCGAUCGCUGCGCGUGCCCCGGGACCUCUUCUUCCAGCGCCGGCACGCCAGCCACGCGCUGCUGCUGGAGACGGUGGCGGCGGUGCCGCCCAUGGUGGGCGGCGUGCUACUUCACCUGCGCUCGCUCCGCCGCUUCGAGCACAGCGGCGGCUGGAUCCGGGCGCUCAUGGAGGAGGCCGAGAACGAACGCAUGCACCUCAUGACCUUCAUGGACGUGACGCAGCCCCGGUGGUGGGAGCGCGCGCUCGUGCUCGCCGCGCAGGGCGUCUUCUUCAACGCCUACUUCGUCGGCUACCUCAUCUCCCCCAAGUUCGCGCACCGCUUCGUCGGGUACCUCGAGGAGGAGGCCGUGGAGUCCUAUACUGAGUACCUCAAGGACCUCGAGGCCGGCUUGAUCGAGAACACGCCCGCCCCGGCCAUCGCCAUCGACUACUGGCGCCUCCCCGCCGACGCCAGGCUCAAGGACGUCGUCACCGCCGUGCGCGCCGACGAGGCGCAUCACCGCGACGCCAACCACUACGCAUCGGACAUCCAUUACCAGGGAAUGACGCUGAAUCAGACGCCUGCGCCGCUCGGGUACCACUGAUCAGCUCAAUGGACCAUAGAUCGAUGCCUGCUCAGUCCAUCGUUGGUGCGUACUACUACCACUGUCGCCGAUGAUUGUUGCGCGUGCAGUCUGUUCUGUGUAAACGAUGUGUGUGUAUGAUUCUUUUGUGUCACUUUGUACCCAAACAUAUGUCUACGUAAGCCGGUAUUGCUUGUAAAAAUGAUUUGAUUACUUUUCCAGAAAAACAUACUAUGUGAUAUUAUUGCUUGACAAUAAUAUUUUUUAACAGA